AUUUGUCUCUCGUUCGCUGGUAAAACUAGAACAUUUUUAGGCUAAAAUUAUCAAAACUUUACACUGAACAUGGGACUGCUAUCGCUGUUGAGGAAAUUGCGAUCCGCUCCCGAGAAAGAGCUUAGAAUUCUGCUGCUUGGGCUGGACAAUGCCGGCAAAACGACACUUCUCAAGCAGUUAGCUUCCGAGGAGGUUACACAGGUCACCCCGACAGCGGGCUUCAACAUCAAAUCCGUAGUUUCCGAUGGCUUCAAACUGAACGUGUGGGACAUUGGCGGUCAGAGCAAGAUUCGUCCCUACUGGAAGAAUUAUUUCGAAAAUACUGAUGUUCUGAUUUACGUGAUCGACUCCAGCGACCGCAAGCGCCUGGAGGAGACCGGCGACGAACUGGCCGAGCUGCUGCUCGAUGACAAACUGAAAAACGUUCCGCUGCUGAUUUUCGCCAACAAGCAGGACGUCGCCGGAUCGCUCAAGGCAUCGGAGAUAGCCGAGUGCCUGAAGCUGAUCAAACUCAAAGAUCGCACCUGGCAGAUUCAGGGCUGUUCGGCACUGGAGGGAACCGGUAUUAAGGAAGGAAUGGAUUGGGUUUGUAAGAGCAUUAAAAAGUAAAUAGCGACUAUGUUCUGCUGGAUUUUAGGUUAGGUUAACCCCCUGUCGUCUGUUUUCGAUCGUCUCACUUG